CCGUAGUGUUAGCGAGUCGCAGCUGCAAAGAACAGUAGCCUCAUAUUGGGGGCUGCGCGCAAGGCUCUGGUUUGGGUGGUUGGUCCCCUGUCGCACUGGAGAUGUUGGCCUUAUUCAACAAGCUCUUGGACUGGUUCAAGGCGCUGUUUUGGAAGGAGGAGAUGGAGCUCACCUUGGUGGGGCUGCAGUAUUCGGGGAAGACCACCUUUGUCAACGUGAUUGCGUCUGGACAGUUCAAUGAGGACAUGAUUCCGACUGUUGGAUUUAACAUGCGGAAAAUCACCAAGGGUAAUGUAACCAUAAAGCUCUGGGAUAUAGGGGGCCAGCCACGCUUUCGAAGUAUGUGGGAAAGAUACUGUCGAGGAGUAAGUGCUAUUGUUUACAUGGUGGAUGCAGCAGAUCAGGAUAAGAUUGAGGCAUCAAAAAAUGAACUGCAUAAUUUACUGGACAAGGCUCAGCUGCAAGGAAUCCCGGUUCUUGUGCUAGGAAACAAGAGAGACAUUCCAGGGGCUUUAGAUGAGAAAGAAUUAAUAGAGAGAAUGAACCUUUCUGCUAUUCAAGACAGGGAGAUCUGCUGCUACUCAAUUUCCUGCAAAGAGAAGGACAAUAUUGAUAUUACUCUACAGUGGCUUAUCCAGCACUCCAAAUCCCGGAGAAGCUGAGAAGACCUAACUCCUAUCUGCCAUCUUUAAGUAUCCUGGACUUUGUUUUUUGUCUGGGACUACACCAUAGAACUGAGAAGAUGGAACGGCACCCAAGUCCCUGAAACUCUCUCUUACCCAUCAUAUCUCUGUGUAUUCUCUUUCUCAUCUGCCUUCUCUCUCCCUGUCUCUUUUUAAUGGUAUUUUUACACUCUCACUUACCUUUGUAACAUAAGGUCCCUAAUGCCUUUUAGGCUUUCCCUAUUUCUUCUUGCAUCCUUUUACCUUUUUAUCGUUGUUGAUGUGUGUGUACGUGUAUAUAUCUAUACAUGUGUAUAUAAAUAUAUAUAUAAUUUGUUUUUAUUUAAAGUUCAGUCAUUUAGUUCUUCGCUGGAUUUAGUAUCACCUCACAACUGCAAUAUUUGUAAAAGGCGUGAGUGCAUUGACUAAAAUAACCAGCAAAACUUUACUUACUAUACUUGUUUAUAACACUUCAUCCUUAAA